AUGGAUACCAAUAGGUCCACCUUCAAUAGUCUCUUCCUGCAUCUAAGAUCCCGUCUGCGCCAGGAGGACUCCCCACCCCGGAUCGUGGAGCACCCCUCUGACUUGAUCGUGUCCAAAGGGGAGCCGGCCACACUCAACUGCAAAGCAGAGGGGCGGCCCAGCCCCACGGUGGAGUGGUACAAGGACGGGGAGCGGGUGGAAACGGACAAAGAUGACCCACGGUCUCACCGCAUGCUGCUGCCCAGCGGCUCCCUCUUCUUUCUACGUAUCGUCCACGGACGACGCUCCAAACCGGAUGAGGGCUCCUACGUCUGCGUCGCCCGCAACUACCUGGGAGAAGCCGUCAGUCGCAAUGCAUCCUUGGAAGUAGCAUUGCUGCGUGAUGACUUCAGACAGAACCCAACAGACGUGGUGGUGGCCGCGGGGGAGCCGGCCAUCCUGGAGUGUAUCCCGCCUAGAGGUCACCCUGAACCCACCAUCUACUGGAAGAAGGACAAAGUACGCAUCGAAGACAAGGAGGACAGGAUCACAAUCCGAGGAGGGAAGCUGAUGAUCUCCAACACCAGGAAGAGUGAUGCUGGCAUGUUCAUCUGUGUUGGCACAAACAUGGUGGGAGAGAGAGACAGUGAGACGGCCCAGCUGACAGUGUUUGAGCGUCCCACCUUCCUGCGUCGGCCCAUCAACCAGGUGGUCCUGGAGGAGGAGGGGGUAGAGUUCAGGUGCCAGGUGCAGGGAGACCCCCAGCCCAACGUACGCUGGAGGAAGAAUGAUGUUGAUGUGCCCCGUGGGAGGUACGAGAUCAAGUAUGACAAGGAGGACUACCUGCUGAGGGUGAAGAAGGCAUCGGCCAGUGACGAGGGCACCUUUACCUGCCUGGCAGAGAACCGGGUGGGCAAGGUGGAGGCCUCUGCCAGCCUCACCGUCAGAGCUCGCCCUGUCGCUGCACCCCAGUUUAUCAUCAGGCCGCGGGACCAGAUCGUGGCCCAGGGUCGCACCGCCACCUUCCCCUGUGAGACCAAGGGCAACCCGAAGCCUGCAGUCUUCUGGCAGAAGGAGGGCAGCCAGAACCUGCUGUUUCCCAACCAGCCCCAGCAGCCCAACAGUCGCUUCUCUGUGUCCUCCAGUGGAGACCUGACCAUCUCGGCCGUGCAGCGGGCAGACGCAGGCUACUACAUCUGCCAAGCCCUGACCGUGGCUGGCAGCAUCCUCGCCAAGGCCCAACUGGAGGUCACAGAUGUCCUGACAGACAGGCCACCGCCCAUCAUCCGUCGGGGUCCGUCCAAUCAGACGCUGAGGGUGGACAGCGUGGCCCUUCUGAAGUGCCAGGCGUCAGGAGACCCCAUCCCCUCUAUCAGCUGGCUGAAGGACGGGGUCAGUCUGCUGGGGAAGGAUCCCCGCAUGUCCCUCCAGGAGCUGGGCAGCCUCCAGAUGAGGAGCCUCAGGGUGAGAACCACUGGAGCCCCAGCCUGGUCCAGUCAUAAAGACAACUACACGUACACUAACAUCAGUCCUCCAGCCCAGGGGGUGGACCACAGGCAUGUGCAGAAAGAGCUGGGGGAGGUCAUAGUUCGUCUGCACAACCCGGUCGUCCUGAGCCCCACCACCAUCCAGGUGACUUGGACGGUGGACCGUCAGUCCCAGUUCAUCCAGGGCUACAGAGUUCUUUACAGGCAGACAUCUGGCAUGUUUUCCCCAGGACCCUGGCAGACCCAGGAUGUGAAGGUCCCCUCCGAGCGCAGCGUGGUCCUCUCCAACCUCAAGAAAGGCAUUGUCUAUGAAAUCAAGGUCCGGCCCUACUUCAAUGAGUUCCAGGGCAUGGACAGUGAGUCCAGGUCGGCUCGCACCACAGAGGAAGCUCCCAGUGCCCCUCCCCUGCAGGUUACAGUCCUGACGGUGGGCAACCAGAACAGCACCUCCAUCAGCAUCUCCUGGGACCCCCCUCCUCCAGAACACCAGAACGGCAUCAUCCAGGAGUACAAGAUCUGGUGCCUGGGGAAUGAGACACGCUUCCACGUGAAUAAGACGGUGGAUGCAGCCAUCCGGUCGGUGGUUGUGGGGGGGCUUCAAGUGGGGGUGCUGUAUCGGGUAGAGGUGGCUGCCAGCACCAGUGCAGGGGUGGGGGUCAAGAGUGAACCUCAGCCUAUUGUCAUUGGUAAGGACUUCCGUGACGUGAUCAUAAGUGGGAACAGGAACAACAGCAUCACGGAGCAGAUCACAGACGUGGUGAAACAGCCAGCGUUCAUAGCGGGGAUCGGAGGGGCCUGCUGGGUUAUCCUCAUGGGCUUCAGUAUCUGGCUGUACUGGAGGAGGAAGAAGAGGAAGGGGCUCAGCAACUACGCAGUUCAGUCCUUCACCUUCACCCCUGCAGUGACGUUCCAGCGUGUUGACGGGGGUCUGAUGAGCAAUGGAAGCCGACCAGGCCUGCUGAAUGCCAGUGACCCAGGCUACCCGUGGCUGGCAGACUCCUGGCCUGCAACCAGCCUGCCUGUCAAUAGUGGCUCCGGGGGACCCAACGACCUCAGUAACUUUGGCAGAGGAGACACCAGUAGUAAUGGGGAUAAGUCCGGCACCAUGCUGUCUGACGGAGCCAUCUAUAGCAGUAUAGACUUCACCACCAAGGCUAACUACAACAGCCCCAGCCAGGGCUCCCAGGGAGCCACCCCCUAUGCCACCACACAGAUCCUUCACUCCAGUAGCAUCCAUGAGCUGGCUGUGGACCUCCCCGAGGCCCAGUGGAAGGCCUCCAUCCAGGCCAAACAGGAAAUGGCCAACCUGGGGUACUCCCUGCCCGACAAGAACUCCUGCAACAACAUUGGUAAGGGAGGCAAGAAGAAGAAGGCCAAGGUUGGCACCAAACCCACCAAGACUAACGGCUCCAGCUGGGCCAACGUGGCCCUGCCCCCUCCCCCUCUACACCCUCUCCCUGGCACCGAGAUGGACCACUACCCCAACGAGCACUAUGAAGGAGGAGGGUAUGAGAGUGAUGGCUGGGGUCCUCCCAUGCCAGUGCAGACCUACCUCCACCAGGGAAUGGAGGAUGAGCUAGAGGAGGAGGAAGAGAGGGUCCCCACCCCACCCAUUCGUGGCGUGGCUUCGUCCCCAGCAGCGGUGUCCUUCGGCCAGCAGUCCACAGCCACCCUCACCCCCUCUCCCCGGGAGGAGCUGCAGCCCAUGCUCCAGGCCCACCUGGAUGAGAUCACCCGUGCCUACCAACUGGACAUGGCCAAACAGACAUGGCUCAUGCAGGGUGGCUCCCUCCCCCCUGUCCCUCCCCAGGCCCCCGCCCCUCCAGUGGGGUACGUGUCCAGCACCCUGGUGUCUGACCUGGAGACUGACAUCCCUGACGAGGAUGAGGAGGAUGAGGAAGAGGAGGAGGAUGAAGGCUAUGAGAUGUCCAGGCCUCUCUAUGGUAUUGAGCACACGCCAGGGUCCAGCAUGGACAACCUAGACAGCUCCUUAACAGGGUCCAUGGUUAACGGCUGGGGGUCAGCCUCAGAGGAAGAUGACCGUCACUACUCCAGCCACAGGUCCAGUGUGGGCAGCUCCUCUGACGGGUCCCUCUACACCCACUGUAGCUUCGCCCAGGCCCUGGUGGCAGCCGCUGACAAGGCAGGCUACCACCUGGAGGGCACCAGCCUGGCCAAGAGAGGUAAAGGGCUGUCCCACCGGCCCCGGCCCAGCAGUCCCUUCUCUACAGAUGGCAGCACGGUGGGCACACAUAGCCUGGGCCACCAGAGGGCUGCCCGGCCCACCCGCAAGCCCCGGGGACAGGGCACGGCGCCCCACAGGAGAGACGCCAGUGCAGACGACCUACCUCCUCCCCCUGACCCCCCGCCCAUCCAGGGACCAGGGUAUAUCCAGGGGGCCCGUAGUGUAGGCGGAAUGGGCCCCCCAGCCGAGAGGCAGGCAUCGUCCCUGGAGCGCCAGCCCAUGUGUGGCGCCAUGCCCCUGUCUGGGCUGGAGGAGAUGAAGAGCUGCAUGGACAGACAGACACGCACCUCUCUGGAGCGCCAGGCCCAGGACAGACUAGCAUCCAUGGACCGAGGAGACGACCCACGCAGGGGACACAAAACAGAAGCGGGGUGCCUUCCCCCCUACAGUAAACCAUCGUUCCCCUCCGCCGGGGGCCACAGCUCCUCUGGGACAGCCUCCUCCAAGGGCUCCACGGGGCCACGCAAGGGAGAGGGACCUCGAGGGCCACACCAACGGGCUGCCACAGACCACAGCGACUUCCUGGGGACCAACGGACCUGGACAUUACGCGGGCGAGUUAUAGUGACCUGCCUGCAGUAGGAUCUGAACUGAACUGGAGAAAGCCUCGUCGUCCUCAUCAGAAUGAAGCCUCACCCGACUGGUGCAAUGAACUUUGUCCUUCUUUGUGUAUUAUCAGAGGAGAGGAGCAGGAAGAUGACGAUGAUGACCACCAUAACAGAACUGUAAAUGUGAUGUAUAAACACAGACAUACAUACUGUACAUCCCACUAUGUUGUUGUCCUCAACAAAAUUAUUUCUCACCUCCCACCUUUAUUGUUUUUCAGUCAGACAAUAGCAAGUAAACAAAACAGUUAAAAUGUCUAUAUGAGAAAACUCAUUUUCAAAAUAACCUUCCUUGGGGAAAAAAUGGAAUCUUGUUUCCUGUAAAUAGAUUCUUUACGUUGUUGUUGCAUUGCUAUGCAAGCCUACUUCAGUUUUAGCAUCCUCUUUCCAUACUGUUGGCUAAAUCUAGUCAUUUGUAUUAUAUUUUAAUUGAUAGGCUGUUGUGCCAUAAAAUAAUUGUUUUAUAAUCCAUCAUUUGUUAAUAGCUAUCAUUGAUUCAUUAUUAUAAUUAUUAUUAUUAAUUAUUGUUUUUUUGCACUGCGAUUUUUGGUGAUAAGCACAAAAGCAUAGCUCCUGCUGACAGGAAGAACCGGACGAACAUUUGAAGAGGAGUUUCUGUAGAGAGAUGAGAAAUUAUAUACUAAUGUACAGAGAGAUAUUAAAGAGUGAGGGGUUGCUUACGGACAGCAACUAAAUGGAUGCCCAUUCCCAAGUUAGGACUAAUCAGAAAGAAGAUAGGGUUUGUUAGUGUCUUUGAGGUAGGGGGCCGGAGAAGAGGCAGAGAGGGGGGGCUUGUUCAAUGUGUACAGAGGCUAUGAGCAAGAUGAUGACUUGUCUCCUCUAACUAUGAGUUGAUUAUUGGAUUAGCUUCGAUCCUACAUAAUCUGAUUCUAUUGUAAACCGUAUAGUCCUACAAAUGGGCUGAUAUAGACUUGUUAGAGCUGGCAGUUGUGAGGCUGUCCAGGCAUUGUAUUGUUUUCAGAACAUAACACAGCCACAAUGGACGUCUAGCUGGGCCCUCAUCUUCAUUCCAGCGUUUGAACACAAUUUAUUUGAUUCUAUCUUCAUCUCAUCUUCUUUGAUUAUAUUUUCAUUGAUUUCUAGAGUUUUUGUUUUCAUCUGAAGAUCAUGUGUAUAAUCCGUCUACCAAAAUGGAUUUACAGUAGAUUACACAAAGUCAACAUCUGCAAGUGUGGCAGGUGUGUGUUCAACCAGCUGUACACCAAUAGAAUCUAGUCACUGAAGCCACAGCACUUAAAAUACACUAUGAAGAGCCUCAAAGCCAUGGUUCAGAAGGUCUAAUCUAUAAUCUAACACUGACAAAGGACUUCCUUUUGAUAAACUCUGGGUUGGGUUGAACGCAGUAGAAAGAACUAACAUUGAUGCUAAAGGAUUUCUCUAUUGCCAGGAAAGAAGGUUUAGGAUAGGUCCUUUUUUUUGUCCAAAAGUCAAAAGUUUAUUUUGUCAUCCAUUUUAAAUGAUGUUUGCUUAAUUUAGAGCCCUUAAUGCACUCCACAUCCAUGGCAUCCCAUGGAAAACAACACAGUGGCCUGUUUGUAUCUGUUUCAGUUGGAGCACUGCAGUCCCUGCCCUGAAGUAUGGUACUGUGUUCUGAUUAGCAUACAAUAGAGCACUAACUAGACUUCCUAUUGGGACUCAAAUUCCCAGAAUGCAUCAGAUAGUGGAGAGGAAGGCAGGUAGAGUACAGUCAGAAUGGAGAAGAGCCACCUGCAGUAGCAGAUCCCAAUGCCUCUGUCUCUACAGCAUAGACCACUACUUUCUAUCUGCCUAACAGUCACAACACGUUUUCCUUCUGCCGGCCGCAUGGAACUAUUCAGCCCCAGAUGUUCAAUUUGUAUCUUUUCAAACAAUGUUCUUAUCAUUUUUUUAAAAGCCUGUUUCUUUGUAUGCCUUUUAUGGACUCAAAAAUACUGCUUAAUAAUGUUUUCAAAAUCAACGUUCACAAUUUUACUGGUUCAAUGACUGUUUAUUUUGUGUCUUCUUUAGUACUGCUUAAUGUUUAUAAAAGGAGAGUUGGAAAGGAAACGGAAGGCUUUGUCAGAUAUGCUGUUGUACUGUCGCGUUUAUGUCACUGUCAUAUCAUAUCAUCAACCUAGUGGCCAGUGUUCUGGAAAUGAGGUGCAAGGAGUAUCUCAGGUUAUUUUACAUUCUGGCGGUGUUCAUGUAUGUGUGUAUAUAUGUGUAUAUAUUCAUAUGCAUCUCCACUCGGUUAUUUCAUUCCAGUUUCAUUGCUGAAAGAUAUUCCUCUUUUAUGUCCGAUGCUGUCCUGUUUAAUUUAUUUUCGCCAGUGGUUUUAAUUCCAAGUUUAAAGUGCUGGUCCAUCCACCUUAAGGCAAGAUGUCAGUAACAGAACAUACCAAAUUAAUAUCGAUAUUUCUAAUGUCUAUUGCGUUUUUUGUCUUUUUAAUACUCAUGGUUUUCCUUUAAAUCACUGUGUUGUUGUUUUGUAUUUAUUAAAAUGAUAAUAAAAAGGUAUAUUGUGAAAUAUGCAUAAAGAUUUGUGGAAUAUUAAAUAAAAUGUAUUUUUUUUCUUUUUCUGUCGGAGAAGGCUGGGGAUGGGCAACUCCAGUCCUCAGGGGCGGGGUGCUGUCACACUUUGUCUCCAUCCCUAGAAAACACAGCUGAUGAAAAUAAUUGCAUUCAAAACUGAAGGUCAUGAUUGGUUGAUCAUUGGAAUCAGGUGUGUUAGUGGGGGCUGAGGCAAAAGUGUGACACCAAUCAGGCCCCCUGAGGACUGGAGUUGCCCAUCCCUGAGCUAGGCCAAAAGGACUUGAUGGUCUCUCCAGGUGCAAUGCUGAGUCAUUAGUUGUCAGAGAUACCCGAGACACUCGGUCCUGCAUGUUAACUACUCUGCUUCCUCUCAUCUCAAAACAAAAGAAACUAAAACCUUUUCCAAACACAAAGAGCGAUAUUUUCCUCAUUUGCUUGAUACGACAAUAGAUACACAUGUUCUUUUUUGGGGGGUUGAGAAGUACUUUCCCUCUCUUUUGUUACUUUUCUCAGUAUUGUUGGAUCUGUGUGUUGCCUUUUUGCAAAAAAAGAGGAUUAAAGAAAGGCAAAAAUAGGAAGUUGUCUUUCUUUACAGUGCGGGGCAAGGGGAUACCCUCUCUCCAAUGCAAUUUAUACAUUCUCAUAUCUUUCCUGUAAACAACCUUCUGUAUUCACUUGCAUGUCCUUGUCCAAGAACAAGAAAACUUUUACAAGUCCCAUCCCCAUGUCCUGUAAGAUAAGUCAAAGUAAUUUUCUUUCCUUGUACCUGGAUCA